AUGCCAGAAGAGAAGGAAAUGAUCAAAAAAAAGCUUUCUGGUUCAGAAAAUCGGAAAAGAAAAGCUGAAAAAGAAAAAGUUCUUGAAGAAACUAAAAAGCACAUGAAUAUUUAUAAGUACCUUAAAGGAAAUUCUAAGGCAAAUACUUCAGAUAUUGAAUCAAAAGUCCAUGUAUCAGCAAAUAUUUCUUCAGACUGUGAACAAUUAUACACAAAAAAUAUACAAUCACCUAUUGAAGGUGAUCAAAUUGACCAGCGCAGUACAUCUUUGCAUGAAUCCUCUGAUAUUUCUCCAAGUCAAAAUCAACACAUGACAUCUGUGGUCGAUGAAAGUAUCAACGUUCUUGCAAUAAAAGAAUACAAUGUUCCUGAUGUAGGUACGUGGCCAAAAGUACUUAAUGCUAGAGAUAUAGAUCGCAUUAUAAUAUGUGGACCCUCACAAAACUAUGAAAUAUUAACAAGGAAGCGGCGAGCACUGAGAGACGGCGGCAGCGGCGGCGGCGGCAGAAGAAGCGGCGAGCACCAAGAUACGGCGGCAGCGGCGGCGGCAGAAGAAGCAGUGAGCACCGAGAGACGGCAGCAGAGGCAGCGGCGGCAGAAGAAGCGGCAAGCACCGACAGACAGCGGCAGCGGCGGCAGCGGCGGCAGCAGAAGAAGCGGCGAGCACCGAGAGACGGCAGCAGCGGCGGUGGCGGCAGAAGAAGCGGUGAGCACUGAGAGACGGCGGCAGCGGCGGCGGCGGCAGAAGAAGCGGCGAGCACCGAGAUACAGCGGCAGCGGCGGCGGCAGAAGAAGCAGUGAGCACCGAGAGACGGCAGCAGAGGCAGCGGCGGCAGAAGAAGCGGCAAGCACCGACAGACAGCGGCAGCGGCGGCAGCGGCGGCAGCAGAAGAAGCGGCGAGCACCGAGAGACGGCAGCAGCGGCGGUGGCGGCAGAAGAAGCGAAGAAGCGGUGAGCACUGAGAGACGGCGGCAGCGGCGGCGGCGGCAGAAGAAGCGGCGAGCACCGAGAUACAGCGGCAGCGGCGGCGGCAGAAGAAGCAGUGAGCACCGAGAGACGGCAGCAGAGGCAGCGGCGGCAGAAGAAGCGGCAAGCACCGACAGACAGCGGCAGCGGCGGCAGCGGUGGCAGCAGAAGAAGCGGCGAGCACCGAGAGACGGCAGCAGCGGCGGUGGCGGCAGAAGAAGCGAAGAAGCGGCGAGCUCCGAGAUACAGCGGCAGCGGCGGCGGCGGAAGAGGCAGCGAGCACCGAGAGAUGGCGGCAGAAGAAGCGGCGAGCACCGAGAGACGGCGGCAGCGGCGGCGACAGAAGAAGCGGCGAGCACCAAGAGAAGGCGGCAGAGGCGGCGGCGGCAGAAGAAGCGGCGAGCAUCGAGAGACGGCGGCAGAAGAAGCGGCGAGCACCAAGAGACGGCGGCAGCAGAAGAAGCGGCGAGCACCGAGAGACGGCGGCAGCGGCAGCGGCGGCAGAAGAAGCGGCGAGCACUGAGAGACGGCGGCAGCGGCGGCGGCGGCAGAAGAAGCGGCGAGCACCGAGAUACGGCGGCAACGGCGGCGGCUGAAGAGGCGGCGAGCACCGAGAGAUGGCGGCAGAAGAAGCGGCGAGCACCGAGAGACGGCGGCAGCGGCGGCGACAUAAGAAGCGGCGAGCAUCAAGAGAAGGCGGCAGCGGCGGCGGCGGCAGAAGAAGCGGCGAGCACCGAGAGACGGCAGCAGCGGCGGCAGCAGAAGAAGCAGCGAGCACUGAGAGACGGCGGCAGAGGCGGCGGCGGCAGAAGAAGCGGCGAGCACCGACAGACAGUGGCAGCGGCGGCAGAAGAAGAAGCGGUGAGCACCGAGAGUCGGCGGCAGCGGCGGCGGCGGCAGAAGAAGCGGCGAACACCGAGAUACGGCGGCAGCGGCGGCGGCAGAAGGAGCGGUGAGCACCAAGAGACGGCGGGAGAAGAAGCAGCAAGCACCAAGAGACGGCGGCAGAAGAAGCGGCGAGCACCGACAGACAGCGGCAGCGGCGGCAGCAGAAGAAGCGGCGAGCACCGAGAGACAGCAGCAGCGGAGGUGGCGGCAGAAGAAGCGGUGAUUACCGAGAGACGGCGGCAGCGGCGGCGGUGGCAGAAGAAGCGGCGAGCAACGAGAGAUGGCAGCUCAAGAAGCGGCGAGCACCGAGAGACGGCGGCAGCUGCGGCGGCGGCAGAAAAAGCGGUGAGCACCGAGAGACGACGGCAGCGGCAGCGGCGGCAGAAGAGGCGGCGAGCACUGAGAGACGGCGGCAGCGGCGUUGGCGGCAGAAGAAGCGGCGAGCACCGAGAGUCGGCGGUAGCGGCGGCGGCGGCAGAAGUAGUGGCGAGCACUGAGAGACAGCGGCAGCAGAGGCGGCAGAAGAAGCGCCGAGCACUGAGAGACGGCGACCAGGCGGCGGCGGUGGUGGCGGGGGCGGCGGCAAGCACCGGGAAGCGGCGACCAGACGACGGCGGCGGCGGUGGGCAGCAGUGA